UAGUAAGUAUGUCCAAUCUCAAGUGCCAAACAGAAAGCUACAAACUUGAAAUAGAAAAAUCUUGCCGAUUGAUUCAUCCAUCCGUGCAGAGAUAAAUAAAUGCCAUGAGAAAACAGAACACAGCAUCCACACCCCACAGCUUCAACGCUCAAAACAAACCAAAGCAGAGCAACCGAAGGGGCGACGCCAAAUUUCCUCCCUUCCCCAUUUUCACACACCAGAAGCAAGCAGCGAACCCCAUAACGCACGCACCCGAGCCGGGGAGGAAGAUGAAGCUUUCUGCCAAAACCAUUUCCAGUCCAGGUCGACCGGAGAAGUUCCCGCCGCCAUUGAUGAGGUUCUUGAGAAGCAAUGUGGGGAGCAGAAGCAGGGGAAGGUCGCGUUCCAGUGCCAUGUUUAUGAGGAAGAAGAACAACGCCGCCAACGCUGUUGAAACCCAGGAGCCCUCUUCUCCGAAGGUAACCUGUAUUGGUCAGGUACGAGUCAGGCGGUCCAAGCAAGCCGGCCGGACCAGUCGACCUGCCCCCUCCGGGGCUCCGGCCCGGCGCCGGCGGUGUCGCUGGAUCCAAAACACUCUGUUCUUCCGCGAUUCCUCCAGAAAGCUCAAGCCCAGAUCGUUCCGAGCCGGUUGGCGGAAGUGGGUCGUGUUCUUUAAAGGGUGUUGUCGUCGAAGAAGAGCAGAUUCAUCGAAAACCAUAUCGAAGGCAUCGAAUCGAGAACAUAGUGUUGAAGAGCAUGACCCAAGAGAAGAAGAAGAAGAUGAAGAAGAACAGGGCUCGGUGGAAGAAAAAGAAGAUGAAGAAGCAAGUAGGGUAUGUGGGAGUUAUCCUUGUAUUCCACCCAGGAACGCUUUACUGUUGACGAGAUGUAGAUCUGCUCCGUAUAGAUCUUCUUCGCUGGCGAGUCGAUUCUGGGGUUCACCUCUGGUUACAGAGGAAACAGGGGAAGAACACAGAACCGAGGAUGAAAACGGGGCAACCCACAUAGAGAACAUCGAACCUGCAUCGAAAUUAGAGCCCACCUGCAGAGAUUCGGCUGCGGAUUCGAGAAAGGAUCCAGAAACUUUGAAAAAUUUGAGAUUUCUCAAAGAAUUUGACGGAGUAAUUGAGCGCAGAAGCGCCAAUUUUUUCAAAACGGAAGAGUUGGGAAGGGGCGAAGGAAGCCCUGUUCGGCCUCCGAUUCUAACUCGGUGUAAAUCGGCUCCAGCCAUAAGAUUUGAAAAGGUUGCGUAUUGGUGAACCUUACAGUUAUUCCUUGCGAUUAAUUCUUCUCCAUCUCCCCUGUUUUGGGUACUGAAAUUAAACACAGUUGCUCUAUUUUUUUUGUAAAUUUUUUUUUUUCAUUUGUUGAUUUAGCUGUGAUAACACUUCCUGGGCCGUACGAGAGAAUCUCUAUGGCAAUGGUAACAUAUUAAGCGUAAUUUGAUCGUACACUGAAAAAAAAUUCAAACAA